CACCCGACGGCAGACAGUCCGACACCGACGAAAACAUGGCUGGCGGCGCGUACAUCCCCCCGAACCAGCAGCGCAACAUGCGCGCCUGCAUGGUCUGCUCCAUUGUCCGCACCCAGCAGCAGUUCCUGUCCCAGGGCUGCCCCAACUGCGAGGAGUUUCUCGAGCUCACCGGCAACCCGGAGCAGAUCAACGACUGUACCUCGCAAGUGUUUGAGGGUCUCAUCACCGUUGCAGACACCACCAAGAGCUGGGUGGCCAGGUACCAGCGCCUCGAGGGCUACCAGCCGGGUGUGUACGCGACUCAGGUCGAAGGCAUCCUCCCCGAUGAUAUUAUUGGCUUGAUCGAGAGCGCUGGCGUCAACUACGUACCAAGAGACGGUAGCGAGCAGGAUAUGCUGCCCAAGGAUUAAGGGUAACAACGAAGAAGCAAGGGCUAGAGACAAGGACAAGACGCGACAUGCGCCACGGAAGGUGAACGUUUUGCAUUACAUUCUUGAGCGACGGCGUUAGGGUAAAAGAUGAUCUACAGAUCCACUGGUAGCAAAAUAUCAGCUGAACAAAUUCAUACUUUCAAU